AUGCCCGACUCUGCCUCUGUCUCGACAGUCGUCCUCCUAUCCGCCGCCUCGGGCCUCCUCCUAGCAGCAAUACUAUACCCGUCCUCCCUUCUACGCUGGUUUCAGCGAAAGCGAUACCAGUAUGAAGUCACAUUCUCGCUUUACAUGUUGACUUCGACCGAAAAGUUCAUCUUCAAUUCCAUACUAUUCCUCCUCCUCUCCCUCCUCAUAAUAGCCGCCUCCCUCUACCUCCCGGAGCACAUUUACAUCAUGGCCAACCGAAUGUUCUACUACUUUUCCGGUGACGAAGAAACCCUCCACCACGCGAACGAGCACGCGAACAAGGCCGCUCAGCAUGUGCUGACAACUUCCUCGCAAAUUAUCAACGACGCCGCCUCAUCUCUGCUCAGCAGGGAUAGUUCGAUUUCAACUUAA